CCACGAUGCUUCUGGCUGCCUGGGUUCACAUACCCGACAGGCUUCUUGACUGCAUUGCUGCAAACCUCUGCACGGAAAAACGGAAUUGCGAUCGACACACUCAGCUGGGAGUUUCCCGUCGUGAAUACCUCAGCACCCUCGAUCACUCAACACGCAAAGGACGGGUCAUAUUGCUAUGGCUUGUUCCUAGAAGGUUCACGAUGGGAUUUUGACAAUAGCUGCCUGACCGAGCCAACUCCGAUGGAGCUUUUUUGCUCCAUGCCAGUGAUACACUUCAAGCCUGUCGAAAACAAGAAGAAAUCUUCCAAAGGAAUGUAUUCGUGUCCCCUCUACAUGUAUCCCCUGAGAACUGGGAGCCGAGAGCGACCAUCCUUCGUCAUUUCCUGUGACGUAAAAAGCGGCGUACAAACAUCCGAUUAUUGGACGUUAUCUUCGGCGUCU